AUGGGAGAGGAGUUCAAUCCAGGAUGGAUUCGGACCCUUUAUGGGAUGUGGGUUCUACGUGCCAAAGGUGGGUUUCAAAAUCUCAAGCUCCAUGGAAGGAUAAACCAGGCACCGCAAAUCUCAGACCUGGGACAGAAGACUUCUGCUAUUGGUAGAUCAUACGGCAGGUGGCAACCCCUCAAAGAUGUGAAUGAUCCAAAAGUUCAAGAGAUUGGAGAAUUUGCAGUCACUGAACAUAACAAAGAGGCAAAGGUAGAUCUCCAAUUUGGUGCAGUGAAGAAAGGUGAAUUUCAGCUUGAUAAUGGAAGGAAUUACAGACUCCUUGUCACUGCAAAAGAUCAUAAUAUUGAAAGUGAUUACAAUGCUGAGAAGACUUCUGCUAUUGGUAGAUCAUACGGCGGAUGGCAACCCCUCAAAGAUGUGAAUGAUCCAGAAGUUCAAGAGAUUGGAAAAUUUGCAGUCACUGAACAUAACAAAGAGGCAAAGGUUGAUCUCCAAUUUGGUGCAGUGAAGAAAGGUGAAUUUCAGCUUGUUAAUGGAAGGAAUUACAGACUCCUUGUCACUGCAAAAGAUCAUAAUAUUGAAAGUGAUUACAAUGCUAAGGUAUAUGUAGAUUUGACAAAUACUAAGAAGCUUGUCUCCUUCACCAAGCAUGAGAAUUGA